ACACAAAUCCAUAUCUUAAAUUCGCAAACAUUUAUAAAUUGAAGUUAUGGCAGCAAAAUUCCUACUGCUCUCUAUGCUCUUCCUGAAACUACUCAUAUUUUCAGAUGCGCAAUCGGUAGGUGUUUGUAACGGGAGGGUUGGAAACAAUCUACCUUCCCCGCAAGCCGUGGUAGACCUUUACAAAAGAAGCGGCAUAACCAGGAUGCGGAUCUAUGAUCCUCAUCCCGAAACUCUUCGAGCCCUUGGGGGCACCAAUAUUGAACUUAUUCUCGACGUCCCAAACGAUAAGCUUCAGGAGCUAUCCGCUGGUGGAGCAAAAGCUUGGGUUCAAAACAACAUUUUAAGUUACCCUGGAGUCAACUUUCGAUAUAUCUCUGUUGGAAACGAAGUCGAUCCAAAUAAUAGAAAUACCGCAGGUUUUGUUACUUAUGUACUUCCUGCAAUGAGAAAUGUUCAACAAGCCCUUCGAGAUGCGGGCCUUGCCCAAAUCAAGGUCUCAACCGCAACCUACACAGGUCUUCUAAAAGACUCAUCUCCGCCUAGUGAUGGUGUAUUUCAUGACAAUGUUAUAGGAUAUAUCCAACCAAUAAUUACCUUUUUAGCCGAAAACAACUCGCCAAUGCUUGCUAAUAUUUACCCUUACUUUGCUUAUAAAGACAACUCAAACGUUAUAAAACUCUCAUUUGCACUCUUUACCCAAGGGGUAGAAUAUAACGAUCAAGGUCGUGAUUACUCGAACCUUUUUGAUGCCAUGUAUGAUGCUCAUCACGCGGCUCAAGCACGUCUUGGUGGAGCUAAUGUGCCCAUUGUUGUGUCCGAAAGUGGAUGGCCGUCCGCGGAAGGCUUUGGAGCAACGGUUGAAAAUGCAGGAAAUUACUACAGAAAUUUGAUUGCUCAUGUCAAGAGUGGAAAAGGGACACCUGUGAAGCCAGGAAGAGCGAUAGAGACAUAUUUGUUUGCAAUGUUUGAUGAAAAUCAAAAACCGGGCGAUGCGUUAGAAAAACAUUUUGGGGUUUUUCGCCCUGAUCAAUCAUCAAAGUAUGGCCUAAGGUUUUGAUCGAGUUAAAAACCAUAAGGUUUUUCAAUUCGGUAUUCUAUCUAUAGAUAAAUAAUGGAAUAAAGUUGUUAGCUUUAAUUUUUACUACUGUAUAAUCUUACAUGUAAGUAAUAUCUUACUUUUGGUAAGAUAUAAUAUAUUGGAAUAAUACGGGUUACACAUUUAA